AUGCAAUGGGAAACACGGUACAAAUUCAUACAUUAUGGUAUAGCUAGAAGGAUCUUGUACCUCCGUGAAAAUUCUAGACUAAAAAUCAUACGUCGUGACCUUAAAGCUGCAAAUAUUCUCCUAGACGAGGAUUUCUAUCCAAAGAUCGCGGAUUUUGGUAUGGCAAGGCUAUUUAACAUUGAUCGAACUCAAACACUGGCUAGCAAAAUUGUCGGUACCUUGUAUUUGACUUACCUUUGCAUCAACAUUUCCGGCAUUCUCAAAUCAAAGAAGCGGAACUACUCCGCUCAGAAGAACCAAGACAUCGCAGCUGAAGUUAAAAAGCUUCUGGAAGCAAGGUUCAUUGAACCUUACCAGUACCCUGAAUGGCUGGCGAAUGUAGUAAUGGUUCACAAAGCUAAUGACACCUGGAGAAUGUGCGUUGACUUCACGGACCUGAAUAGAAUUUUCAUGCACCCCGAUGACAGAGCAAAAACGGCAUUUGUUACAAGCGUCGGGGUGUAUAACUAUAAAAUGAUGCCCUUCGGCCUGAAGAAUGUCGGGGCUACAUAUCAGAGACUGGUGGACCAGGUGUUUGUCGAGCAAAAAGGCCGCAACAUGGAAGUCUAUGUUGACGAUUCCAUCGUCAAGAGCAAAGAGAGGGGGAUUGAUGCCAAUCCCGCCAAAGUUCAAGCAGCUCUUGAUCUUCCCGAGCCGAAGACAAAAAGGGACAUUCAGCGUCUUACUGGGAGGAUGGCUGCCUUAUCCAGGUUCAUCUCAAAAGCCUCGGAUAAAGGCUUGCCCUUCUUCAAAGCGCUGAAAUUUCCAAAAUCCAAGGAGCUCAUAUGGGAAGAUGAGCAAAAAGUAGCCUUCCAGCAGCUCCGAGAACACUUGGCUAACCUCCCGACACUGGCGAGGCCAGCCGAAGGAGAAUUCUUGUACUUAUAUGUGGCAGUUAGCCCUGCUACAGUGAGUGCGGUGCUGCUGAAGGAAGAAGAAAAGGUUCAGCAACCGAUCUAUUUCGUCAGUCAUACUUUGACUGAUGCCGAAACGCGCUACCCUCUGCUCGAAAAAGUUGCAUAUGCAGUGGUAGUGGCAGCUCGGAAGUUAAGACCUUAUUUUGACUCACGUCAAAUAGUUGUCUUAACAGAUCAACCGCUGGAAAAAGUCCUCGGCAAAGUUGAGAAAUCAGGCAGGCUAACAAAGUGGGCCUUCGAGCUCACUGAGUUCAGCAUAAGCUACCAGCCGAGGGCAGCAAUCAAGGCCCAAGCCCUAGCAGACUUCCUAGCCGAAUGUUCCUACCAGGAAACACUCGACGAAGGGAAGGGGACUUGGAUUGUGUUUACGGAUGGCUCAGCCACCAUAAAUGGUUCGGGAGCUAGGGUGGUAAUCACCUCUCUCGAAGGCAGAAACUUCAAGUAUGCACUCAAAUUUUCAUUUAAGGCUUCCAACAACGAAGCAGAAUAUGAAGCAGCAGUUGCUGGCUUAGAACUGUGCAUAGCUCUCGAAGCCGAACAUGUCUGUUUAAAAACAGACUCUCAGCUGGUCGCUAAUCAGAUUCGGGGCGAGUAUGAAGCUAAGGAGCCCUCCAUGAUCUCUUAUCUUGCCAAGAUUAAAUCAGUCAUAGCGAAGCUGAGAACUUUUGAAAUUGAGCUAAUCCCAAGGGGUCAGAAUGCUCAAGCCGAUGCGCUCUCCAAACUUGCAAGUUCAACUCUGACUGAGCUGAACCGAUCCGUAUAUGUGGAGGUGCGGCGAAACAGAAGCAUUGACCAAGAAAUUGAGGUCCAAUGCGCUGAAGCUGAACCCAGCUGGAUGGACCCCAUCCUAGCUUAUAAGCUUCAAGGAACGCUCCCCGAGGAUAGGAACCUAGCCACAAAAAUGAAAAGGGUUGGCUCAUGGUUCAUUAUCUACAAGGGAGAGCUGCUGAAAAAAUCCUUCUCCGCCCCAUUGCUCAAAUGUGUGGGUCCAACGAAUGCGGAUUAUAUCCUUCGGGAGAUCCAUUUUGGCAUCUGUGGAAACCACAUAGGGGGGAGGACCCUAGCCCAUAAAGCAUUACGGGCAGGAUAUUAUUGGCCAACCAUGAUCCAAGAUGCCAAGGACUUGGUGCGGAAAUGCGAAAAAUGCCAAAAAUUCGCACCUGUUAUUCAUCGGCCUUCAAGGGACCUUCAGCCGAUCCUGAAUCCACUCCCUUUUGCUCAAUGGGGGUUGGAUAUUCUAGGACCAUUUCUCGAGGCACCUUAUCGGAAAAAAUGA